AUCUUGAUGACAAUGUUUUUGAAAUCGAUUCUGAUAACGAUGAUUAUGAUUCAGUUUCUAUUUAUUCAGAGCGAACUACUAAAUCAAUAGAAUCUUCUACAAGUCAAAAUACUAAUACAUCUAAUCCAAACAAAAUGACUCUUGUAGCUAAAUUCGAGUUUUCGUCAACUUCUAGUAGUACACGAAAUAUAUUUACAAAAAUUUGUAAUAUUAUUAAUAAUGAACAGUGGUGGAGUACUAUUAAUAAUCUUGCAA